UAGUUUGUUAGUUUUAAGUCCAAAAUGUCCGUUCAAGUUGUCGUGAGGGCCCUUCGUCCUCCUGUCGUGGGCCUUUUGUGAAUUUUUCAUGGCGAAGUACCAUCACCAGCCCCCUGCAGGCCACUGCCCCCACUCAGUGUUGGCCCACCUUGUGCCUCAUGUUUCUAUAUGAUCGUGCAGUCCUCUGUUCUGUUAACGAAAGGUAGAGUGUGUCACGGGAUGCCAACCAGCGUCCGACUCUACAGCAGUGAAGAGGAGAGAAUCAGCCGAUAUCCAGUGCCUUACAGGAAAAACCUGCCGUAUGAUAUUGUGGAGCUGAUGGAGGAGGUCGAAGCAAAGGGUGGCUUCUUGCCUAACGUCUUCAAGGUCCUUGCCCAUCGGCCUGCAGAGUUCCGAGCCUUCUUCGCUUAUUAUGACGCCCUCAUGAACAAGGAGACGGGUGGUUUGUCAAAGGCAGAUCGAGAGUUAAUUGUCGUUGCAACCAGCGCCCAUAAUCACUGUCUGUACUGUGUGGUAUCCCACAGUGCACUGCACCGUAUCUACUCUAAGAAACCCACACUAGCUGAUCAGGUGGCUGUAAACUACCAGGUUGCGGAUCUUUCUGCGCGAGAGCGAGCCAUGCUGGACUUUGCUCUGACCGUGUGUCGCAGUGAAACAGUGACAGACGAACUCUUCAGCUCGCUGGGGGCUCACGGCUUUGACCGAGAGGAUAUAUGGGACAUCGGUGCUAUCGCUGCAUUCUUCGCCAUGUCCAACCGCCUGGCCAACCUCACAGACAUGCGACCAAACACAGAGUUCUAUAACAUGGGCAGAGUGCCCCGAGAGAAACGGCCAAAACCAGACGAGCAGGACAGUGGGCCAUAGGUACCACAUGCCUUUGAACAGUUGGUGAAAGUGAUUUUCCACAGUGUCAACAGUUUUUUUAGAGUUUUCAAAGAAAAAUAAACUGAGAAGCAAAUAAAAUGGGCUUAAUUGUAAUUAUCAACAAAAAAGAUACUUAUCAUGCAGUACGUUGAUUACAGUAGUUGCCAGAUAUGUUUUAAAUAGGCUUUAACUUUCAGGCUUUUCAGUUUAAUCGUCUCAGCACCUGAAGGUGACACUGAAAAGGAGGAAAACACUAGCUUGUUGACCUACCUGCUAUCUCUUACUCUGCCAGGGGGGGCGCCCCAGGUAGAGGUAUCGGCUAUGAAAUCUGAUUUUCUCACCAAAUCCGAUUUUUUUUUUUUUUUUUUUUUUUUUUUGUUUGGCUAUUCACAUUAUCUUUUAAAUGUGAAAUCUGUAUGUGACAUCAGUCCGAGUAGAUCAGCUCCACAUGUGCAAAAGCAGCGCAUCAGGUUGCUUAAUAUGGCUUAUCCAGAGGUAAACAAUCAUAACUGCCAACGAACGCCAGUCGCUCCCACAGGGUUUAGCUUCAUCUUCGCCAGCAUCACAGGAGCAUUCAUGAAGCUUUAUUGACUGACAGCAGGGCUCAUCACCCAGAAUGUGUUUGAGUUUGCUGUAAAAAGUCCCUUCUUUGGUUUGAGUCUUCAGAUUCUUUAAACUUUGCUUUCAGACGUUAACUGUUCGGCCAUGUCUUUUAAAAUGAGGAGGUGUUUGGAUAAGUCUUUUCAAUUUUUUUAGUACAGAAACAUCAGCCUAAAUGUUUGAGGUCUCAGCCACCCAAAAUAAUGAUGAAUGUGGAGCUGGAUUGACGUAAAACUCACAUGAAUUCCGAUCUGGCUGAAUCGCAUUGCCACAUUAUCAGAUACGGAUUGGAUUUCAGUACCACUUAUGAAAGCACCUUAAAUUGAAGGUGUCACAUUCAGUGUGUUUUUGCUGUUCACACUGACACAGACACACAUCUGUGUCACAUAUGAGGAAAAAAUCGAUCACUUUUACCUUCUGUGUAAGUGUAACCAAAGACACUUACAAAUUUCCAAAACACAAAACGAUUGAGACAUGAAGACAAACAAAACCAUAGAUUCACAAGCAGAAACAUGACAAAAACGUGGAAGAGAGCUAAUAACUUCUAGCUCUUAAAUUUCUGAAGCUAAGAAAAAAGCAUGUUAAAUAAGUUUUUUUUCCUUUUAUCUCUCCUCUUACUUGAUAAAGGAAGAGCUGUGAAUCUGCAGCCCCUUACUGGGUGAAUUGGACUGUGAAAUGAGCAUCAGUAGUGGUUGUGGGGGAAGGAGGGCCUAAAAUCAUGGUUCAAAUAAAGAUGCACUAAGCUUUUUUACGCUGAUCUAGGACCAGCUGUCUUUAUUCAAAUCCUAGAUAUAAUGUAAUAUUUUAUGGCUCCAAUCUGAGGACCAUGUUUCAAACAUCCAUCCCUCCAUCCAUCCAUCUUCUAAGCCGCUUCUCCCUCAGGGUCGCGGGGGGUGCUGGGGCCUAUCCCAGCAGUCUUCGGGCGGAAGGCAAUGUUUCAAACAGUUUUUGGGGUUUUUUGCUUAAAAAUGAUUUGAGUUUAAGAUCACUGUCAUACGAAAACCUUGUUCUGCUGAAAUUAGAAGUAACUACUGACCUUUUCUGUUGGUCCAUACUUCAUAAUGACAUUGUCACUUAAUGUGACACUUAACUGUUGUCAUAUUCAAAGUUUGUUAAAAAUAAUUAGACAGUUUGAGCAGGGAAAAUAUAAAAUGCCACAUGUGGGAUUCUCAGGGUCCUGCUGAGUAAUCACAGAUCCACAAAAUCUGCAUUUUCAGCCUGCAGUAUUGCAAUAUAUGUGCAAUAUAUUGUUGCAGUCUUUAUAAUCCUGGUUGGUUUUAAAGGAUUUAGUGGUUUCACUUUUGCUGCCUUAUUUUUCUUCGAGUAAAAUUCUCAAACCAGAUUUGUUUUUCUGCUUGAGCAGAAUUGUGGGUUCAGAGAUGGUGAUGCUUCGUUUGACGGAGCGUUCCAUUUUUCCGGCAGCAUGUAUUGAAACCUUGUCUAAACAGCAAAUGGCCACUUAAAGCUAAGUGGUGUGUCAAAAUGGCUGUGUAUAAAUAUGUUUUCCAAAGUGGAAAUGAUCUCACUUGAUGUGAUUGUUGACAUGGAAAGAAUCUUAAUCUGGAUUUAUUCAGCCAGACAGAGCUCAUUAAAACAAAGCCAUAAGCUAAGAUUUCCUAAAGUUUUACCAAUAAAUGUAAGGAGUAGUUUGGGAACAAUGUCAGGAGAGGGAGACAUACUGUAAUGAAGAGCUUUUCACUGUCUGUAGAAAAUAAAGUUGUGACAGAGCAAAAUAACAGUGCGGUGUGUGUGUGUGUGAUUGUGGUGGCAUAUGUAAGAAAUAUAAAUAAAAAUACAAUUAAAACUUG